AAAAACGCCCCAAGCUGCAUUUUAGACAAGUUGAGACCAAAUUUUGUUGCUUUGAGUGAGGCCUAAAAAUAGUUAAAAUCGAAAUUGACGCUCUUAACAUAUGUAUCUCUCGUAUGUAUGAACACAACACAACAGAUCUGCCCAAAUUCUUCACUGUCGAUUUUGAUAUUGCGAUAUAGGAGGAGGAGAGGGUUUUGAAGUCGAAAGACUCGAAACAAGAGGAUGAACAACGGGAUGAUAGAGUGCAGCGUCUGUCAUUCCAAAGUUCUUGUUCCGAAUACCAAAGCUGUCUCGAGGGCGUAUGAUCAACAUAGGACUACUGUUUCAUCCAAGCAGAGGGCUCUUAAUGUGCUUUUAGUUGUCGGUGACUGUAUGUUGGUCGGCUUGCAGCCUAUAUUGGUUUAUAUGUCCAAGGUGGAUGGAAGUUUCAAGUUUAGUCCUAUGAGUGUAAACUUUCUUACAGAGGUUGCAAAAGUUCUGUUUGCUAUUGUUAUGCUUUUGAUUCAGGCUAGGCAACAGAAAGCUGGGGAAAAGCCGCUUCUUUCGGUUUCCACAUUUGUUCAGGCUGCUCGCAGCAAUGUGCUACUUGCUAUUCCAGCAUUUCUUUAUGCUAUCAACAACUAUUUGAAGUUCACCAUGCAGCUCUAUUUUAAUCCUGCUACUGUGAAGAUGCUAAGCAAUCUAAAGGUCUUGGUUAUUGCUCUUUUGUUAAAGAUAAUAAUGAAAAGGCGAUUCUCUAUUAUUCAGUGGGAGGCUCUCGCUCUUUUGCUUAUUGGCAUUAGCAUAAAUCAAAUGCGCUCGUUGCCCGAAGGUGCUUCUGCUCUUGGUCUUCCGAUUGCAAUGGGUGCAUAUAUCUACACGUGUAUAUUUGUUACAGUUCCAUCUUUGGCAUCAGUAUACAAUGAAUAUGCUCUGAAGAGCCAAUAUGAUACAAGCAUCUACCUUCAGAAUGUGUUUUUAUAUGGAUAUGGUGCCAUAUUCAACUUUCUAGGCAUACUUGGAACUGUCAUUUAUAAAGGUCCUGAUACUUUUAAUAUAUUUGAAGGGCACUCAAAAGCUACAAUGUUUUUGAUAGUAAACAAUGCAGCCCAAGGAAUUCUUUCGUCUUUUUUCUUCAAAUAUGCUGAUACCAUACUGAAGAAGUAUUCAUCCACAGUGGCCACAAUAUUUACAGGCAUAGCAUCUGCUGCAUUGUUUGGUCAUACCUUGACUAUUAACUUUAUAUUAGGAAUUUCAGUUGUAUUUAUCUCGAUGCAUCAGUUCUUCUCACCUCUCUCUAAAGUUAAGGACGAAGAAGAAACUGGGGUGGUCCAGCGACUAGAACUCCAAAAUAGUCAUGGAUCAAGAGAUUCAUCCUUCAUAAAUAUGGCAGCAGGGGCAAACGAAGAGGCGAGGCAUAAUGUAGUAUCUGAUGAAGGACAGCCACUGCUACCUAGAUGACGGUAAACAGAAUCUUUAGGAUUCUUCUUUGGACUAGUUCUUUCCUCUGGACUUGUUGUCUGCCGGAAGUCUGUUCAAGGAAGCACAAAGUAAAUUGAAACAGAAUUCUCUUUGCUAUGUUAAGCCUUCUUUAAGAAGAGGAGAUCUUGUCAGAACCUGAUUACCUGCUGGUGAAAAAAGUUCAAGCACACAGUUGUAGUUUACAAGAAGCUCGCAAUAUUCUUUUUCUUGGUCCAAAUCGUUUAGCUUUCUUACAUUUUGUAUGGGGGUGGAGGUACUAAGAUUUUGAUAUAUAGGCUUGUGAUGAAUGAUAAUUUCAUUACAGGAAAGGAAAGUUUUGUACAAUGUUAAAGAUAUAUUUUAAAAUUUAUGUCUGAUAAUUUUGUCUUCCUUAAA